UUACAAAUUUCUUAUCAGUAGAUUGGAAGGAGAGCGCUGCAGGGAUCGGUGAGCUAAUAUCGGCAGCGAUCGCCAACUCGCUGGAGAUGCACCGAUCUAGAAUCACGUUCUCGUCAGCGAUUGCGGCGCGUGCGGCGAGGGAUUCAGACGAAGAGGAGGAGCCUGGCGAGGUUAUUGAAUCGGCGCCCCCUCUCCAAGUCGGGGAGGAGCGGGAGAUUAACGCUUUCCUCAAGAAGAAGCUACUUAAGCCCGGUUCCGGCUGGGAAACCCCUGUAUUCGACGACGAAGUCACUGUUCAGUACGAGGGAUUAUUGCUCGAUGGAACGAACUCCGAUUCCAGCAAGGAUAAAGGGCAGCUUCUCACUUAUAGGCUGGGGCAAGACGAGGUGGCCUCUGGAUUAGAUCAGGGAAUACUUACAAUGAAAAAGGGGGAAAUGGCUUUGUUCACGUUGCCUUCUUCUGUGAGAUAUGUGAAUCCUGGCGCUCAAAGUGUCUCCUCUAUUUCUAUUUGCCAGUUUAAAGUUGAACUAGUAUCAUGGUUAACAGUUGUUGACAUAUGUAAGGAUCGUGGAAUAAUUAAGAAGGUUUUGUCAAGCGGGGAUGACAUGCAAACCGGUGAUUUGGACGAAGUUAAAGUAAAAUAUGAGUUGAGGUUGCUUGAUGGAACAGUUGUCGCAAAAACUCCCGAAGGUGGCUUGCAGUUUUAUGUCAGUCAAGAACAUUUAUGCCAAGCGCUACCUAGAGUCUUGAAGACUAUGAAGAAAGGAGAGAAAGCUACAGUAACCGUCCAACCACGGUAUGCUUUUGGAGAGAAUGGGAGAGAAGCUGAAAAUGGAUUUCCUGCUAUACCUACCAAUUCUGAAUUGAUAAUUGAUCUUGAGCUUCUAUCCCUAAACCCUGUUCUUGAUGUUACUGGUGAUUUGAAGGUUUUGAAGAAGAUUUUGAAAGUGGGAGAAGGUAUUCGUAAACCUAAUGAUGGGGAGGUUGUCUGGGUUCGGUAUACUGCCAUGUUGGAAGAUGGAAAAAUUUUCGAGAGGAAGGGGUUUGACGAGGUUCCCUUUGAAUUUGUUAUAGAUGAAGAGCAAGUCAUUUCUGGUCUAGAUCGAGCAGUAGCAACGAUGUUGAGGGGUGAAUUGUCACAAGUGACAAUAAAACCAGAAUAUGGUUUUAGAAAUGAAGUCAAGCAAGGUGAUAUGCUCGUUCCUGCAGGAUCAACUUUAUUGUAUGAAGUGGAGCUGGUAGACUUUACAAAGGAAAAGGAAACAUGUGAAAUGACUGGCCAUGAAAAGAUUGAAUUUGCCGAGAGGAUGAAAAAAGUGGGCAAUGAUCUGUAUAAGAUUGGGAAAUUUCAGCGAGCUGCAAAAAAGUAUGACAAGGCCAUAGACUUUGUUAACGAAGUUGAGUCAUUUGAGAGUGGUGAAGAGAAGCUAGUUAAAACUUUGAGAGUUUCCUGCUGGUUAAAUCAUGCCGCAUGCAGCCUUAAAUUAAAUGACUUUCAUGGAGCGAUCAUGCAAUGUUCCAAGGUACUUGACAUUGAAUUCUGCAACGUGAAAGCUUUAUAUAGGAGGGCUCAGGCACAUAUAGAAGCUGCUGACUUGGACUUGGCUAAAUUGGAUAUUCAGAAAGCCCUAGAAUCUGAUCCAGAGAAUAGGGAGGUGAUAUCACUCCAAAAAAUACUUAAGCAACGUCAGUUAGAGAACAAUAAAAGAGAUGCUAAGAUUUUUGCUAACAUGUUUGAACGGAUGCGAAAGGAUACUGAUGUGGCACCUAAG